GUGACUUUAUAUUUCUUUAAGUGUUUUUUUAAACGAGCAAUUGCAGUUAAUAAGUCGUUUAUGAUGUUGUUGGUUAAGUUUUAUCUGAUGCGUUUAUUAAUAUUGCACAUUUUGUGCAUUUUCCGAAACAUGUUUCGCAAAGUUUUACGCAUUCUGAGGCAUAGUUGACCACACGCAUUCGAUAGUGUAAUGUUUAAAAAUUCCCAUCUUUUGUUUGCUUUUAACAUUUUGUAUCAACACCGAACAUGCUUUGUUCGAUGUUGUAUUUUACCCCGUGUGCUAUGUGUACUGUAGUUUAUAAAUGCCAGUGGCGUGAUUCAUUCAUUACAUCGGGAGUGCCUCAGGGGCCUUAAUUGGGACCGCUGUUGUUUACUCAUACUCAGAUGAAGGAUUUUGCCGGAUACUCGAGGUGUUCAUGACUGAAGACAGCAGCAUUUUUCUUUAGCCGAGUGUCGAUCAGAAGCCGCCAUGCUGCAGCAGAUACUACGGGACCUGUGGGUGGACCCGGAGAUCCUGGCCGAGCUGGACGACGCGCAGAAGCAGACGCUCUUCUGCAAGAUGCGGGAGGAGCAGGUGCGUCGCUGGCAGCAGUGGGACCAGAAGGUGAGCCAGGGCGAGGAGCAGCGCCGCCUGAAGACCUCCAAGAAGCAGGUGCAGUUCCUGAAGGGAGAGGACGGGGAACCCUGGGUGUGGGUGAUGGGCGAGCACCCGGACGACAAGUCGAUCGAGACGCUGCUGGCCGAGGAGGCGAAGAGGAAGGCCGUGGAGCAGGCGAGGCAUGAAGCCCACCAGCUGCGCAAGUCUGUGGAGAAGGAACUCACGCAUCUGAUAGAUGAUUAUAAGCCGCUGGAUAGCUUGGAGCAGAAGUUCGAUUUGUCCCCGAAGAGUGUGGACUCGAUAGAAGAUACCCUGGAGAUCUACUGCUCCGUGGACGAGCUCCGGCAGAGGAUCCAGGCCCUGGAGCCUGAGGUGAAGCUCCCUGACAGCAGUCCCGACAGCCUCGAUGACAAGAACGAAUACCGGAAUGAAAAGAAUCUGAAGAUGGAAGUCAAUAAAAACACGCUCCACUUUAAUUUUAUUGAGGGGAAGCGGGACGCUUAUCAGGAGCUAGGCAUCCCGUCAGGCGGCGACGGGGUCUCCCUCCGAGUAGCCGCGUGGGAGCGGCGCGUGGCGGCGGCGCGGGCGGGGGACAUCCUGCGCGGGCUGCGGGCCAGGAGGGCCAGGACUCUGCGGGACGCGCAGCUGCACGAGCACGACGCUGAUGUGGCUUGGAGGGAGCAGGAACGCAAAGCUAAAGAGGCUGAGGCUGCGAUGAGGGAGAUAGCACGAGCAGCGAGAGAAGAGCACAGAAGAUCUUCUGUCAUGGAGCCACCAGUCGAUCCUUGCCUCACAGAAGCUGGCAAGCCGCCAAACAGGGAAGCAGUCAUAGAGUGGUUCAGGAACUACGAGUUAAAACGCGGCGUCGGUCUGGACGAGAAUAAAAAACCAAUGAACUGGUUUCAUGGUCUAAUAACACGUUCGGAGUCGGAAGCGUUGUUGGCGACGCAGCCAGCCGGGCGCUUCCUGGUGCGAGUGUCGGAGCGGGUGUGGGGGUACGCGGUGUCGCUGCGGGGGGCCGGGGGCGCGGGGGGCGCGGGGGCCGCCGGGGGCCGCUGCAAGCACUUCCUGGUGGAGGCUGUCGGGGCCAACUAUAGACUUCUCGGGGCGCAGCAGCGGCUGCAUGCUAGUUUAGCUGAUCUCAUCAAAUACCACAAGACAGUCCCGAUCACGGAGGCCGGUGGCGAGCUGCUGAUCACCCCGUGCGUUCCCGCGCAAACACCCGCCAUCUUGACGCCGCCAUCUUGAAUAAUCUGACACUUACUCACACGCGCCUCGUAACAAUGCCUUGUCCUUUUCUUUCGUAGACACAAAGUAAUUCGAUAGACAAGGACGGCGAUUGUGUCAUGGCAUCCGCAGUUAAUAUGUAUAAGUAAGUGAACAGUGGAAAAUUAAUAAUGAGAUUUAUUCAUUAGUAACCUAUUGAUUUAAUAUAGGGACCACUUUUACACGUCAGUCAAUGUAUCUUGUAGUCACUAAGUUAUAUUCCUAUGUUACGAUUAUGAUCUUAUUAGUAAGUAGGUUAAAAUUCGUGAUAUGUGUUUUGUCUUACAUAAAGUAUCUAGUAUCUUGAAUGAAUUAUAUUUACUCAAAAUAUUUUGUAAGUAUAUUUACUCUGAAAUCAUGGUGCUAAUAACUUUCUAGAAAUAUAAUAUCUGUACUUACAUUGCUAGGUCGAUACUUAUAUUUUGGUUCUUAAUCAUGAAUUCUAUAAUUGAUAACUAUUCUAUAAUUUAUUAUACUUAUCUAUAAAAAUAUUUCUAAUCUGCUUCAGUAUUAAAAAUGCGAAAUACCCAUUAGAUUCUCAAAUGUACCGACCAAAGCAAAGGAUAUAAUUAUAAUUAAAUUUGGUGUAGCCAAAAAAUGUGUGCUUCAUGCAAAAUCAUUUUGUAUGCCAUUAAAAUAUUGAACAACCUAUUAUUAUAAUUUUAUUUAAGCAAUAAAACUAAGUAAAAUCAUA